AUGAAGCUUACUGUUUCCACGGCCGCUUGUGCGUUGGGAGCUCUUCUUGCUGCGCUCCCGGUUUCCGCUAAUUUCGAAUAUGGUCUUCCUUGGGCUGCCCCGAAUGACUGGGCUCCUUCGAUGACGAGCAAGACUAUUUCAUGGUACCACCACUGGGAGAUGGGUCGUGUUCCGACCAUCCGCUCUGAGGUUGAGUAUGUUCCAACUUACUGGGGUCCGGAGAAGAAGACUGACUGGAUUGCUCGCAAGAUUGAAAUUGCUGCGAACAAGCCGCGGCAUAUUCUUGCGUUCAACGAGCCUGAUAUCAAGGGUCAAGCUAACAUGAGCCCUGACGAUGCCGUGCAUGAGUUCAUGAAGGAGCUUCAGCCUUACGCUGAGGACGGUAUCCGCGUCAGCUCUCCCCAGAUGGUAUACAACAUGGCCUGGCUCAACGAGUUUAUGGAGAAGUGCCAGGACGCUGGCUGUGACGUUUCGUUCAUUGCUCUUCACUGGUACGGUGGCCCCAAUGACCUUGGUGCUUUCAAAAAGUGGGUCUCGGGUGUCCAUGACAAGUUCCAAAAGCCCAUCUGGAUCACUGAGUUCGGUUUGACCAACGACUCUAACCCUUCGGAUGACCAGGUGAACCAAUUUAUGGAGGAGGUGAUUACUUGGAUGUCGCAGCAGGACUAUAUUGAGCGUGCUGCUUGGAACGGCUGCUAUGAUAUCAACAACCCACCGGAUGAAUACGCCACUCCUCGCAACGCUUUCUUCGUUAACAGUGGUAGCCACCGAACCACUGCUAUUACUUGGCUGGCUGGUGUUGGUAACAGCAACCUUCUCUUUGCUGAAAAGAAGCACAAGAACAACCAUAAGCGCAUGCAGAGGCUUCGCAGCAAGAACAUGUAA